CGGAGGGAGCAUGCCCCUUGGUCCGGGGAGGGGUCGAGGGGCGCGGGAAGGUGGCCUUGAGAAACGGCCGCGGCUCAUCCUCUGGUUCCCUCUUCGCAGAUCUUUGUCGCCACCAUGCCCAUUUCCGUGCCCCCGAAGAGCAGGCGGGGAGCAGCUUGUUCCAUCCCACCCUCUCCUGCUAGCUCCGAAGAUGAGGGGGCCGGGCAGUCUUCUACUUCCUCCCUGCUCUCCCAAAGUUUCCAUCAAAGUUUCCCAAGAUUACACCGCAAGGAGCAAGAGGAAGAUGCAACAUCAGCUAGCGGGGGAAUGAGCAUCUCUCAGAGGAGCAAACACCAUAGUGUUGAGCGCAUUAGAAAUAAAAUGCAACAGAAUGAGUCACCUGUGGCAGAUAGUCUCUCACCUUGGGAAGAAUGGUUCCUUUGCAAAGAAAAAGAGCUACGUGCUCGCUUGGAAGCACAAGCUUUGGAGGAGCUAAAUAGUCAAAUGGAGAAAAGAAAGGAAAAACAGGAACGUGAAAGGAAAAAAAUGAUUGCUGAAUUGAAACACAAGGAGUGGGUCCAGAAAAAAAAUGAAGAGGUGAAAAGGGAAAGGAGAGCAAGGGAACAUAAGCUUAGUAAAGAGGUAGCAGAAAAAGCAGCCAAGGAACUUGAAAAGGCACAAUCAAAGGAAAAAGCAAAAGAGGUGUACGAAGAAUGGCUAAAGAAAAAGAGAUCAGAAGAAGUGUUGAAGAAGAAGGAAGAGAAGGAAAAAGAAAGACAACUGGAAGCUGAAUUACAGGAGAAAAAAGAAAAAUCGGAGAAGAUGUUCAAAGAAUGGCUGCAAAAUACUAGAAACAAGCCCCGCCCAACAUCAGCUAGCUAUGCCUGUGCCAAUGGGAAACUUGCCGGGUAUCCAGAUGGAAAUGCAUAUCCAACUCCAGCCUUUUACAACCCCAUCCCUUGGAAACCAAUCGUUGUGCAACCUUCUAAGGAAGAAAAAGUUUCAUUCUCAACCCAAGUUCGGCUGUUUGGGGACAAUGAAGACAAGCGCAAGUGAACUUAAGGCUGUUAAUUGCUAAUAC